AUUGAGUUUAAUUUGAAGGAAUUGGCAAUAAAUUGAUUCAUGAUGGAUUGUCUCAUAAUAUAAUUACGCAGGAUCAAAAAGUAAUGAAUAAAAGAGAAGGUCAUUUUAGGUUUAAGAAAAUACAUAAAAAUCAAAAAAAAAGAAAUGAGUUUAAAUUAUAUAUUAAAAUUUAUGGGUAAUAAUUGUACUGGUUAGUGUGCAGGUUGCUACAAAAGGGAUAUUGAAAUAUUAGUAAUCAUCUUAAAUUCUAUUUCAAGAAAAGUGAAUAACAUCAAAUAUUAUCAGAAAAACCUUAAGAAUCAUUAAGUAGAAAAAGUUCAAAAAGUUAUCUAUAAGAUGCUAUAACUAUUUUAUCACUUUGGGUAAUAAAUGUGAAAUUAAUACAAAACCUAAAACAAAGAGUGUUGUGGAUAUUGUAGGAAAUAGAUCAAGGAAAACAAAGGCCGUUAUAAAAUUAUAAUCUUUAUGGAGAGGUUUUUGUGUAAGAAAAUAGGUUCCAUUUUUAAAGUAAGUAAAAAGUAGUGUAGAAACAGAGGAAAGUAAAACAACAGGUAGUUAUUUUGAACGAUUGGGAAAUGAAUAGAAAUAAAAAAAGUAAAAUGAAUAAUAAUGAAUUUAAGAUUAGCUAAAAUGUAUAAUGGUUAAUGGUUAGGAAAAGAGAGACAUGGUAAUGGUGUUUAAAGUUGGCCAGAUGGAGCUCUAUAUGAUGGAGGAUGGGAACAUAAUAAAGCAAAUGGGAGAGGAACAUUUCGUCAUGCUGAUAAGAUAGAAUAUGAAGGAGAAUGGAAAAACAGUAAGGCAUGUGGUUUUGGUAUAAUGAGGUCUUCAAAUGGAGCAUAUUAUGAAGGGGAAUGGGAAAAUGAUCUUUAAAAUGGAUAUGGUAAGGAGAAAUGGGCUGAUGGUUCAAUAUAUGAAGGAUAAUAUUACAAAGGAUUAAAGCAUGGAAAAGGGAAAUAUAUUUGGAAAGAUAAAAGUUAUUAUGAAGGAGAGUGGUAGAAUAAUAAGAUUGAUGGAUUGGGAGCUUAUUAUUGGGUUGAUGGUAGAAGUUAUAUAGGAUAAUGGUAAAAUGGUAGGAUGAAUGGACAUGGAGAAUAUAGUUGGAGUGAUGGUAGAAAGUAUGUUGGAGAAUAUUAAAAUGAUUAAAAACACGGGUAUGGAGAAUAUAAAUGGGUGGAUGGGAAAGAAUUUAGAGGAAUGUGGUAAAAAGGAGUUUAACAUGGAGAUGGAGUUUAUAUAACAGUUGAUGGAAGGACUAAGAAAGGAUUAUGGUAGGAAGGUAAAUUAAUUUAAUGGUUGAAAUGA